AUGGACGUGUCAAGCUCUUCCGCCGCGACCUUGACGCGACCAAGGGUUGUCAUCCAGGUGCUCGCCGGAGUCACAGGUGUCUUCAUCGCCUGGCAGUUCUGGCAACAGUUCCGCCUGCAGCCUGCGACCUCGUCCUCAGCUUCAGCCUCGGCCUCUGGAGGCGGCAGUGGUCUGCACAGGAGCAAUGCCGUUCGCAGGACAGAGCGCAGCACAAGACGCCAGAUCCAGGCCGCAUUGGAUGAUGUCGAACACCACCUUGGAGCCGACGAGAGGGAACAGAUCGAGCACAUCCUCAACUAUCACUUCGGCAGACAGCUCGCCGACCACCCAGGCCCAGCCUCCGGCCCCGACGACUCAGAAUCCCCCGAUCACGACACACUUCACGAUGAAAACGCCGAAAACACAAAUUCCCGCCCGCCAGCGACCCCCGGCGACGUUGGAGGUGAAGCAGACACCGUGGCUGGCGAGGAGCGCACAAUGGAGGACGACUGGCCCCACGAUGAUGCGUGGAACCUCCCACCGCCAAGAGCAGGACACAACAUAGUGGGCCUUCUCUUCAGGGUCUCCGAAGACAACGCUCGAAGGAAUGCCUACGUCCACCGAGGCUGCAUGUGCAACUCGUGCGGGCUCCUGCCCAUCCGCGGAAUCCGCUACCGGUGUGCAAACUGCGCCGACUUUGACCUCUGCGAGACGUGCGAAUCACAGGGCCUUCACAUCAAGACACACGUCUUCUACAAAGUCAAAGUCCCCGCCCCUCCCUUUGGCCCCAAGUCCAUGCAGCCCGUCUGGUACCCUGGUGACCCAGACACGGCUCUGAGAAACUUGCCUGGUGCUCUGAUCAGGCAUCUCGCAAAGGAAACGGGCUUUGAGCGGCCAGAACUUGAGGCAUUGUGGGAGCAAUGGACCUUCAUCGCCAACACGGAAUGGAGGGAUGACCCAGAUGAGCUGUGCUUGGCCGCUGACAGGAAGACGUUCGAGCGAUAUCUUGUGCCCUCGAGUGGUCACAGACGGACUGCCCCGAACCUCAUCCACGACCGCAUGUUCGCUUUCUACGACACCAAUGGCGAUGACUUGAUCAGCUUCCCGGAGUUCCUGAUGGGUUUGUCCUACAAAAAAGGCAAGCAGAGACUCGAGCGAAUUUUUAAAGGCUACGACGUCGAUGGAGACGGAUACAUAUCUCGACGAGACUGCUUGCGCAUAUUCCGGACCUAUUAUGUGCUCUACAAGCACAUGCACGGCGAUGUCCUGGAGGGCCUGGACCAGCAAGUUAUGAACAACACCGACACCCAGCAGCUGGUGACAGGCAGACAGCCACUAAGCAGUCACUUCGGCCGCGAGGGCAGAGUUCCCGAAGCCGACCAUGGCCGUCCUAUGGAAGGCAAAAUCUUCCAUGGCAACGGGGAUGUCUGGGUCAACGACAAGAACGGCGUGGUGAACGAGACGAGACCAGAUGUUGGUGACCGCGGCGAGAUUCUGUCGAGUCUUUUCAACCACGCUGGCCCAAGCGACGAUGCGUACGGCCGCAGAUUCUUCACGCCUGCUUCUGAACACGUAACGUCACCCACGGGAGACGAAGACGUAUCGCGCAUCUACCACGAGGCUCUCUUGAACCCUCCGACAAGAGUCGAAGAGCUCGUGUCUCUCUUGCACGGCGAACCGCGCAACAUCCAGCCAAGCGAGCUAGCCCCUGUCGAUCAAGACGAGCAGCAUGACGGUGAAGAAAACGGUGAAGAGAACGUGCCUAGUGAGGAAGAGACGUCGGCGGAGGAGGAGGAAGAGGAGUCUGCAACGGAAGACGUCAGCCGCCCCGUUGACUACUUUCCAUCUUUCGCGGACGCGUCUCGCGGAAGCUCCUCCGUUCCCCAAGUGGUCAGAGACGUCGGCAGCGAGCGGUGGACUAAUCGCCCACCCACUGAUAGCCAGCUACGCGCACAGCAUCUUCGCCUAGAGGCUCACAAGAAGCGGACAAUGGAUAGGAAGCUCAGAGUCACAGUGAGGAAAAAGCUGUUCGACAGGUGGAAGAAACGCAACUUUUACCUGUCCGAAGAGGAAGGAACCACCCCGCCAGAGGGAUGGAAUGAAGAAGACGACGUCCUCGCGGACAUAAAUGGCACUGAGGCAGCAGGGAGCUCAAAGGAAGGACAGCCCCCACUAUCUGCUCGGUCACGGUCGUCGUCCAAGGUUCGCUUUGCCGAAGACACCGAUGACUAUGAAAUCAGAUCCAACCCGUCGACAUCCUCCAGGAGUGUCCCUGAACGAUGGGGUGGCAUGGAGAUACCCGAUGCCGAGAGGGACAUGGGCAAGGAGAUUCUUUACGUCGUCACACAACAGGCGUUCAACGAGCUUCUUGAUGUUCUAUUCAAGGAAAAGGAAGACCUCGCCGUCAAAGCUGCAGAAACCAGGGAAUACCGAGAGGCAUACCGGGAUCUGCUCGACUCUUUUGAUCAAGACAAGGGCAAGGACUCGUCGCAGCAUCAAGACGAGAACCGCAAUGGAAGUGAGGAGCAAAGGGGGAAGGCAAAGGAGCAUGACGACGAGCCCGAGAAGGUCACAAUCAUCGAAGUCGACGAGAAGAAGCCGAUCCAGGAUAGAACCCUGGAUGAGCUACUCGCCACCUCGGGAUACUCCGUUGACGAGACACUGGCUUUCAAGGCCGAAGAGGAGGACGAGGAAGAAACCACUUCCGACGACGACGAUGAAUCAGUUGAGGCGUCAUCCAUAGCCGACGAGCAAGAGCCCAGCACCAGCGACACCUCCUACCACGACCCGACGAUGCCUCAGUUCCGGCCCAACAGCGACGCGGACGUCCCGCCGCCUGCCGCAGCGACGGCCUCAGCCCACCACCCCAAGCCGGCCCUUAAGAGCCGGCGGCCAGGCAAGCUCCGAAUCAUCAACGGCAGCGCCGGCAACACGCCCGCCGGCCCAGCAGGAAGGCGUCCAAGCCGCUGA